GUACGCUGAUCCGCGAGACACGCUGUUCAUCGACGCUGGCGCCAAUGUUGGUUACUUCUCACUAUUGGCGGCACGGCAAGGAUUUGACACGCUUGCCGUAGAGAUGUCGCUGGAGAACGCGCUGAAAGUGGCAAGGAGUGCGGUGGUACACAAUGAAAAUGCAGGAAGUAAAAAUAGGAAAACUACAUCAACAAGUAAAAAAAGAGGAGGAGACACCAGCAGUAGACCACCUCGACGGAGAGCCAUCGGGGAAGGAGGUGAGCCUGGCCUUCGAAGAACAUCAUACGAGACGUCGAAGUCCUCCAGCUGCAAGGAUUUAGAAAGUAGAAUCACGCUUUAUCUCAAUGCGCUUUCUGUGUCGGAAGGAGGAAGUUCCUUGCCUCACAUAAAAAAAGAAGUGAAGAAACAGAUGAAAGACACAUCUUCAGGACUUCAAGUUCAACAAGCAAUAAAUCUAGAUUUAGAUGACACGCAGAGCGAUUGGCCUAUUACGUCUGUGAUGAACGACUUUCCGGAUAACAGUGGUCUGUAUGAGGUCUACCAUGUGCUCGAAGAUGCGCCGAAACCACUGCAGCGAGCAUUCUCACCGAAAACGCAAGGCUAUGGGAACGCUUGGAACCUGAAAAAACCUCUGGAUGUCGUACUUCGGGACUACAUCCGACGGAAAAUGAAGUUGACGGAUCUCGAAGAACGAAUUAGAAGGAUAUUAAAG